AUGAGAGAUGUAUUUGAUGACAAUGAAGACCUUGAAAACUUGCCACCGAAUCUGCCAACGACAUUAAAGGAUUUGUGCACGUGGGGGAACAAUUUCCUUAGAGAUGGGGUCACCAUCCACACAACAUUUGCUGCAGACCUUUUCGACCGUUCAAAGAAAGUCUGUCUGUUUAGAAGUGAUCUCUAUACCAUGGCCAACAAGCUAGAAGUAUCAAAUUAUGUACUUGUGUUUUACAUGAGCUACCUUCAUGAAGUCUUGAAGAAGUGUAAGAUGGUGGAUAUGGUUGCCUUUGUCGAUCCUGAUCAGACUGGUACACUUGGGUGCGGAAAUCUCACUGAAAUGGCUCGAUCUUUGUCAGAUCGCUAUAGGCAAGGGAGGUUUGGGCAAAUCUUUGUGGUUCCACAUAACUCAGGUGCUCAUUGGAUGUUGACGGUUGUGAACCCAAAUGAAGAAGUCGUGCACUUCAUGGAUCCACUUAAAAGGCGACUCGAUACUGGGGAAUGGAAAUCUAUUGUCAACAACUCCAUUAAAAUCUAUAAUGCUCACAAGAAUCGGAAAGGAAGGAAAGUAAUUCAAUGGAAGAAUCUUGCUGGUAUUCCGGAGCAAAAAAAUGACAAGACUUGUGCAUAUUUCAUUAUGCGUUACAUGAAAGAAAUUGUGGAGGACAAGAACUUGGAUUUUAGUGUUAAGUGGGGAACGAGGUCAAAUUUGGUUUACACAGACAAGGAUAUUGAUGAGAUCCGAGCGGAAUGGGCUAAGCAUGUUUUGAAGUUCCCAGAAAAUUAAGUAUCAGCCUAUAUAUCUGCUUUUGUUUCUGGUAGCUUGAUAACUUGCAGUAGUAGUGUCUAGGAACUGCUUUUGUGCAUUUUGAAAGAACUGAUCGAAAGUGUUGAACAUUAUAAUGCAUGCAGUUGCUGUAACUACUAUGAAUGCUACUAGGUUUUUGUCUUAGUUAGAUUAGGAUCCAUGCAACAAUGG